CAUUCACAGCGAGCGAAGCAAGAAUGAGGCUCGGCGCCGGAGAGAGAGGGGAAAGGAGAGAGGAGAGGAGGUGGGGGGCGGAGCGAGGUAGUAAAAAGAGCCCUCCCCCGCACUCGAGCGAGCGUGCGGGCUGCAUUGCUACUACUUGCAGCAGCUCCGUUAUUAAUAACUGAGCUGAUACGGGCGCGGAAGCGGGGGCAAAAUGUGCUAAGGCCCUAGCCUAGCCGUUCCUGGGGCAGGAAGAAGGCUGCGCAGAGCCGGCAGCCAUGGUGGAGCUACGGGAGAUGGACUGCAGCGUGCUUCGGCACCUCCUGCAUCGGGGGGACUGCAGCGGCGGGAGCUACAACCAAGCCGGCGGCAGCGGCACCAUUAGCAGUUCCUCAUCUCCUCCCGCUGGCGGGAAGUGUCUCCUCUUGGACUGCAGGCCCUUCCUCGCUCACAGCGCCGGCUACAUCCGCGGCGCGCUCAACGUGAGAUGCAACACCAUCGUCCGAAGGCGGACCAAAGGGUCGAUCAGCCUGGAGCAGAUCCUCCCGGCGGAAGACGAGGUGCGCUCCCGCCUGCUUUCGGGGCUCUACUCGGCCGUAGUUGUGUAUGACGAGCGGAGCCUGCGGGCCGAAUCUCUGCGGGAGGAUAGCACCGUGUCGCUGGUGGUGCGGACGCUGCGCAAGGACACGGAGCACACGAACAUCUGCUUGCUGAAAGGUGGUUACGAAAGAUUCCGGUCAGAAUAUCCAGAAUUCUGCACAAAGACAAAAUCUCUUACAUCAGCCUCUACUUUGGCACCUGUGGAGCAUCUGGACCAUAGCUGCAGUUCCUGUGGGACACCACAGCACGAUCAGGGUGGCCCGGUGGAAAUCUUGCCUUUCCUUUUCCUUGGCAGUGCUCAUCAUGCAGCUCGGAGGGACAUGUUGGAGGCCUUGGGAAUCACGGCUUUAUUGAAUGUUUCAUCGGACUGCCCCAAUCACUUUGAAGGACACUUUCAAUAUAAGUGCAUUCCAGUAGAAGAUAACCACAAAACUGACAUCAGCUCCUGGUUCAUGGAAGCCAUUGAAUACAUAGAUGCUGUGAAGGUAUGUCACGGACGGGUGCUUGUGCACUGCCAAGCUGGCAUCUCCCGAUCAGCUACCAUCUGUUUGGCUUACCUAAUCAUGAAGAAGCAAGUGAAGCUUGAGGAGGCCUUUGAGUUUGUCAAGCAACGCCGGAGCAUCAUCUCGCCGAACUUCAGCUUCAUGGGUCAACUGCUUCAGUUUGAAUCCCAAGUGCUGACCACAUCGUGUGCUGCUGAGGCUGCGAGCCCUUCAGGAGCGCUAAGAGAGAGGGGGAAGAGCUCCUCCACACCUACGUCCCAAUUUGUUUUCAGCUUCCCAGUUUCUGUGGCAGUGCAUUCCACUUCAAGUAGCCUUCCUUAUCUGCAUAGCCCUAUCACCACCUCUCCCUCCUGCUAGAGUACAUCUUUGGAGGUGAACACCUAGGGACGUCAAAGGACAGAAUCCUACAGCCCCAUUGGCAAUCACUAUAGGCAAUAAAGAACUCUGCCCCCCCCCCCCCACUCCCCUACAGCCAAAUGGAAUGCACCAAAGACAGCAGUUAUAAUGGGCAACGUUGCAGCUAGAAUGGAACCUAGUGGGGCAGUGGGUUCCAGCACGUCCUUUCUUGGCAAGAUGUCUUACCUCAUUUUCUAAAACUAUAUAAAAUAUAAAAAGCUUGAAGUUUUAAAGUCCUGAUAAUGUUUUUGGGUGCUGGGUAGGGAGAAGACAAAAGAAAGUCAAAGGCUUGAAUGCGGUUGAACACCAGGCUUUGUUGUGUUACUCUGAGCAAGUGCUCCCAAUAUUUUGGAGUACAGAUUCCAGAAUUUUCAGCCAGCAUGAAUCUACCGUCUGCAAAUAAGAGAGGGAGCAGGCUGGAGUACCUGGCGUAUGUGUGAAGGAUCUGCUAGGACAGGGCACACUUCAAAAAUGAUUUGGGAAGGGAAGUUUUUUGGUCUUAUGUCAGCAGAGCCUCUCUCUUGUCUUUUUCAGGCUUCUGCGUGGAGCAAUAGUUGCAUUAAAUAAAGCAGCUCUUAAAAGUACUUGCAUCUUUUGAUCAAGCUUGCUUGAAGCCAGAAUGAAGGGCUGCUUUAAUGGAUGCACAAGAAGUCUUGGGUUUAGACAAGGUCCAAAACACCGGGUCCAAUCUGGUUUUGAAAUGUGCAUUCUCCUAGUGCCUGCAUCUGACCACUUUGCAUAUGCUUUCAGCUACCCCAAGGGUGGAUCGUGUUUUAUUAAAGUGCCUGGUUUUUGGAAUUCUUGAUUGGAAUGACACCUUGGCUUAGCAAAAACCUCGCCUUAGCAAAACACCACCUGUUUUGCUAAGUCGAGGUUUUGGGUAAAGAAAGGGAGAAGAAUUGAAGGCUCACUGUGAAGUGACUUUCAGAUUCCAUGGGUCUGAAACCAAUUUAAAAUGAAAAAAAAUAAUGGAAUUUGGAUUUAUGAAGCAUAGGGAAUAUAUUAUUUUUUUGGAGACAACUUGGGAAAUGCCAGUAAAUCUGGAAAUGCUUUUCCUCCCACCUUUUGCCUCUUGAGCAAGGUCUUUGUUCAUGUUUAUAUUGAGUUCUUGGUUCCUAUUUAUGCCACUCUGGUGUGAUAACUUGAUCAGCCCUAAGUUAGUGACUUGUGGUCCUUGUUUCUCGUCUUUCUGGGCAGGAAGCCUUUUGUGUCAUCUGACUAAUAGUAAUCAGGUUUCUCUGACACAAAUGCACAAAUAUGUUCUUUUCUUCUUCACCUAACACAGCAGAUCUCUGCAUGCCAAGCGGUUUAGUGUCUUGAGACAUCAGGGAAGAAAGCGAUAUCCUAUUGUGUGGGGCCAGAGUAAAGAUGGCUUCCAAGUAGCCUUCCCCAACAAGUGAGUUCCUGAAGAUACUCAAGUCUCAUAAGCUCCAGUCAGUAUAGCCAACUUUUAAGGGUAAUAGAAUAUUUGAUGACAAUCCAGUUAGGAAAGGCUGAAUCUUCCCCAGGCAUAGUGGCUGGGAACUUCUGGGAGUUGAAGCCCACAUUUCAUAAAUUUACCAUGGUUGAGCAACACUGCUCCAUAAAAUAAUUCUUCAUGUGGAUCCUCAAAGAGGAUGUAAGUGUUGCCCUCUCCCUCCCCAGGAAUCCUACAUAAUGUGGAAAGUUGAGACCUUUACAGCAACUUUAACAGAAAGAGCAUGUAGAGAGUUAUUUUUCUUCAAGAGAAAUGCCAACCUGUAAGAUUCCUUUUUCUAGAUAGCAAGGAUAUACCUUUUUGGUCAGAUCAAACUUCUCCAUUUUACUGCUGAAGCCAAUUUUAAGGACUUUUGAGCAAAACAUGCAAUUCCUACUGGGAUGUAACCCGCAUUUCUUUUGAGGUAUAUCCUCUGUAAAAUUGGGCUAGACUCAAUGAAAAGCACCUAGCCUUUCUCCAGCCCCGCAUUGCUCUCCCCACCCCAAAUUGGACCCAUCACGUUAUGCCAAAGAUAGCCACGUGAAUCUUCUACACUUUAAACUAGUCUUUCAGAAUAGAAUGGUUUCAUGUUUUGCUCCUUGAUGAUUAUAUAGCUUGGGAGAGUUUACCCUGAAGAGAUCUUUGACUUCCUUAACAAUUAGCUUGUUUUUACUGUAGCACGUCAGGUGCCUAUGGAUGAGUGUUUUCAUAGGCAGUUAUCUUGCAGGUUCUGUCUCCUGUGGGUACAAUAUGGGAAGUUUGCACACCCCUUUGAACAUAACUUGGCUUACCCUUCAGUCAAAAGUUUUUGAUAUCAGACUCAGCCCAAUUGUGUAUAUUUUAUAUAGGAUGUCUAAAAUGCAUGUAUUUUUUUUAGAUUGUGACUAUGUUAAUUUAUUGCUUGAUAAUUAGUUGAAAUAAAUUUUCAGCUGUGGUUACCUUUCAUAA